GAGAUACUGAAUUUUGGGGAAAAGAAAAAGAAAAAGAAGAAGGAAAGAAGUGGCAGAUACAUGCAUUUGUUUGCUUUGAGUCGCACAGAUCAGCCCUCUCUCCCUCUUCGCUGUUCCAUCUCCUUCGUCUUGUCGUCUCCCAGAUUCAGCUGAAACUGCUAGCGAGUUUGGAUUUCUAGCUCCUUUUGGUUUCUCGAUGCUUCUGUUUGCUUGAGGUUGAUUCGGCUUGUGCGGAACCCUCGAGGAGGAAGAGGGGGAGGAGGAGGAGGAGGAGGAAGGAGGCGUCACCAUGGCCGGCUUGGAUCCCAUUCAGUACGCGCACAGCCCAGCGCACAGGGCCGUCCUCGCCCGCGAUUACUCCGCCCUCAAACGCCUGAUCUCCGCGCUGCCGCGCCUGGCCGAUCCGGCGUCCGUCCGCACCGAGGCGGCGUCGCUGGCGGAGGAGGAGAAGGCCGACGCCGUCUCCGCUGUCAUUGACCGCCGGGAGGUCCCCGGGAGGGAGACGCCGCUCCACCUCGCGGUCCGCCUCGGGGAUGCCGUCGCCGUCGAGAUGCUCAUGGCUGCUGGCGCUGACUGGAGCCUCCAGAACGAACAGGGUUGGAGUGCGCUCCAGGAGGCUAUAUGCGCUCGGGAGGAGAACCUCGCUCGCAUCGUCGUCCGCCAUUACCAACCGCUCGCCUGGGCCAAGUGGUGCCGCCGGCUACCGCGGGUCGUUGCCACUAUGCAUCGGAUGCGGGACUUUUACAUGGAGAUCACCUUCCACUUCGAGAGCUCCGUUAUCCCUUUCAUCUCUCGAAUAGCCCCUUCCGAUACCUACAAGAUCUGGAAGCGGGGUUCGAACCUGCGGGCCGAUAUGACACUCGCCGGAUUCGAUGGGUUCAGGAUUCAGCGCUCCGAUCAGAGCAUUCUUUUCCUUGGCGAUGGAUCGGAGGACGGGAAGGUGCCGCCUGGAUCCCUGUGCAUGAUCUCCCACAAGGACAAGGAAGUAAUGAAUGCUUUGGAUGGGGCAGGCGCGCCUGCCACCGAGGCAGAGGUUCAACAAGAAGUCACCGCCAUGUCUCAGACAAACAUCUUCCGGCCAGGGCUUGACGUCACGCAGGCGGUCCUUCUUCCGCAGUUGACAUGGAGGCGGCAGGAGAGGUCAGAAAUGGUUGGACCUUGGAAAGCCAAGGUGUAUGAUAUGCAUAACGUUGUGGUGAGUGUGAAGUCCCGCAGGGUGCCAGGGGCCAUGACGGAUGAGGAGUUCCUCUCUGCCUGUAAUGACAAUGAUACUGAGAAUGAAGAAUUUGAUGAUAUUUUGACAGAGGAAGAGCGGAAUCAAUUAGAGCAUGCACUCAAAAUGGAAUCACCUGACAUAAUUGAUGGCUACCAAGUAGAUGGGCAUAUUGCUCAUCGUCAUAGUUGCUAUGAUCCCAGGGAGAUCGAAAUCCAGGAUGUAGGUAGUAGUAGUAUGCGUGAGGGUAGACAGGAGAGGAAAGGUUGGUUUAGUAACUGGGGAAGGAGGGGAAGCAAUCAAAAACAAGAAGGGCAGAAGAAAAGUGUUGCUCCAAGAAGUUCACUCUGUGUGGAAGAGAAGGUGAGUGAUCUCCUUGGUGACUCUCCAUCUCAUUACCAGAGUAGACCUGGAAACCAUUCAGUAGAGAUUCUUAACAAGGGGGAGGAUCUUAAGAGGGCAAAGGACAGGGAUUCAAAAAAGUCAGGAAUGAGCUCUGAAAAUGGAAACCGCCGCAAAGAGAGUAGCAAAGAGAGUGAGUAUAAAAAAGGUCUAAGGCCUGUUUUAUGGCUCUCUCCAGAUUUUCCGCUAAGGACUGAAGAGCUAUUGCCACUGCUUGAUAUCAUGGCAAACAAAGUGAAGGCAAUUCGUCGUCUAAGGGAUCUGCUCACUACAAAGCUCCCUUCUGGAACAUUCCCAGUUAAGGUUGCCAUUCCAGUUGUUCCUACAAUCCGAGUCCUGAUUACUUUCUCUAAAUUUGAGGAGCUACAGCCAUUGGAAGAGUUCUCGACACCUCCUUCUAGUCCCAUGUGUAUGUCCCUGAAAAAUACAUCAAGCCCAUGGAUUCGAUGGAUAAAGGUACCCUAUCGCCAAAGUAACACCAUGAUCUUAGGACCUAGUAGCCGUGUGGAAGAUAUACAAGAUCCGUUCAUGAUUCCGCCCGACUAUACUUGGAUUACACCCGAAGCUAAAAAGAAGAGGAUGCAGGAGAGCAAGAUCAAAUCCAAGAAGGGAAAGAGUCAAACAAAGUGAAUUAUUGUGGAUGAAAACUAAACUGAAAGAUGUAAUGUGAUGAUGCAUUUGGAUAGAAAAGACUGUCCAUUCGGAAGUUAAUCCAUUUGAUUGGUGAUGGGCGAUGAUUGUUACCGUGUUAAAUUGUAUUUGAACACUGGGCUGGGUUUAUUGUUCAGUUUAAUUUAGAAGAUAUCAAUGGUUAGUCAUGUACAAUAUCAGGUGCUCAUAAACAGAUUUGUUGGAAUAUUGUAUCACUAAAAUUCUGUCCAUAGACAAGUAAGACUAGAAUCGAGAUGAUUUAA